UUUGCGGAUGUCGCUCCGACAACAAACAAAAGAUCGGGGCUAGCUGAGCUCAUUAUACUUUUGUCGAUCCGUCUACGCUAACGUUGGUUCUUACUUUGCUCCCUACGACGAGCUGCUCCUCUGUCUUUUAAUUACUUUCUUCAGGUCCUGCACGGCAGGCAGUCUCCUUCUAGUAUCUAUAUUUGUGGCUUUGUGUCAGCUAAUGUCAACCUGAGCCAUUUCAGCAAACAGCUUUGCCUUUGCUGGCCAAGCUAAAAACGCGUUAGCCAGGUUAGCUCCUCGGCUAACCAGCUCUGGCUGGUUCUCUACGACGAGCGAAGCCAGUUAGCUGCUUCGCUUGCUAGCUAGCUGUGCUAAACCUCCCUUUAAAACUUGACACUGACUGACACAAGUGGCUCUGGCUUGUUGCUGACAAGCCAAUUCACCAAAACUCGUGUCGUAGCCAUGUCUGGACAGUCAUCGGGCUGUGGGUUUCUAAUGUCGGUUGUUGUCCACGGAGACUCGGCUUUGAACGAGCAGGAAAAGGAGCUCAACCAACGGCUCCGACGGCUCUAUCCAGCCGUUAAUGAAAGCGAGACUGCGCUGCCCCGGUCCUGGAGCCCGAAGGACAAGUUCAGCUACAUUGGGCUUUCUCAGAACAAUCUCCGUGUGCACUAUAAAGGUCACGGCAAAACCCCUAAAGAUGCAGCGUCAGUACGGGCCACCCACCCAAUCCCAGCAGCCUGCGGGGUCUACUACUUCGAGGUGAAGAUCAUCAGCAAAGGCCGAGAUGGGUACAUGGGCAUCGGCCUCUCAGCUCAGGGUGUAAACAUGAACAGACUCCCCGGUUGGGACAAGCACUCGUACGGUUACCACGGAGAUGACGGCCACUCCUUCUGCUCGUCUGGCACCGGGCAACCCUAUGGACCCACGUUUACAACGGGUGACGUGAUUGGCUGCUGUGUUAACCUCAUCAACAACACCUGCUUCUACACAAAGAAUGGCCACAGCCUAGGCAUUGCCUUCACAGACCUACCACCUAACUUGUACCCGACCGUGGGCCUUCAGACUCCAGGGGAGGUGGUAGACGCAAACUUCGGCCAGCACCCGUUUGUGUUUGACAUCGAGGACUACAUGCGCGAGUGGAGGACAAAGAUCCAGGCCCAGAUCGACCGCUGCCCCAUCGGAGAGCGCGAGGGCGAGUGGCAGUCCAUGAUCCAGAAGAUGGUGGCUUCCUACCUGGUGCACCACAGCUAUUGUGCCACGGCCGAAGCCUUCGCCAAAUCCACAGACCAGGCUGUGCACGAGGAGCUGGCCUCCAUCAAAAACCGACAGAAGAUCCAGAAGCUGGUCUUGUCGGGUAGAAUGGGCGAGGCCAUCGAGACCACCCAGCAGCUCUACCCCAACCUCCUGGAGAGGAACCCAGACCUUCUCUUCAUGCUCAAGGUGAGACAGUUCAUAGAGAUGGUGAACGGGACGGACAGCGAGGUGAGGUGUCUGGGAGGUCGCAGCCCAAAGUCUCAGGACAGUUACACCGGCUCCCCCCGGACUUUCAGCAGCCCCAGCCACAAAGCCAGCAGCUCCCAGCCCUACCUCCCAGGGACCGACAGCAACUGCUGUAAUGGUGUGACGACCAAUAAGAGCCACAGCUCCUCCCCUCACAGUCACAAGCCCUGCCCCCCCGGCUCUGGCUCCACCCCCCCAGCGUCUGAUGUCAGCCUCAACGGGAGCCGCAGCCAACAGCCCAUAACCAGCGAUGUGGAUAUGGAGGAGGACCACUUCACCAACGGGGUGACAGAGUCGUCCUCCAAUGGUUUCCUCAACGGCAGCUCCAAACACGCCCCCGAGCCCGAAGACUGUGACGCAGACAUGGAGGUGGAGUCCGCUCAGUCCAAGCGGCAGCUGUGCGGCGGGAGCCAGGCGGCCAUCGAGAGAAUGAUCCACUUCGGCAGGGAGCUCCAGAGCAUGAGCGAACACCUCCGGCGCGAGUGUGGCAAGAACUCCGCCAACAAGAAGAUGCUCAAGGAUGCGUUCAGCCUGCUGGCCUACUCGGACCCCUGGAGCAGCCCAGUCGGCUACCAACUGGACGCCAUUCAGAGGGAGCCAGUCUGCUCCACUCUCAACAGUGCAAUAUUAGAGACUCACAACCUGCCCAAGCAGCCCCCCCUGGCCCAGGCCGUGGGUCAGGCCGCCCAGUGCCUCUCCAUCAUGGCACGAACGGGCAGCGGAUCCUGCGCCUUCGCCUCUGUGGACGAUUACCUGCACUAGCCCUGUACACACACACACACACACACACACACACACACACACUGAGGGCCUGUCCAGAAAUGGCUUCUUCCACCUCCUCCUUCAGUGUAUUCCUAUUGGCUGAGGAGACUCCUCUGCACGACAACAAGCAGUAGUUAACCACCUCACUUGCUUCUUGUUCAGCUUUUGCUGAUCGGCAUGACGACCGCCGAGGACCAGGGGUCAUCUCUGGACAGAUCUUUUGACUGCUCACACACCCACACACACACACACGCACCACCUCCCUUUCCAUCGUAAAUAUGAAAAAUACGCCUCCACCUUGGUUGCCCUCGCAAGCCCUAACCUCCGGCCGUCCGAGGCUGCGUCUGCAUCAUGGGUGGGCGCCAACCAAGAGUAGCUGACUUGAAAAUACUCAAACUGGCGUGGACUCGCCGCAGAUACCAAGCCCCCCUCCUCCCCGUAUAUCUGGGGGGGGCAUCAAACCGGGACGGACAGACUGAAAAAAAAAAAAAAAAAAACACAACCCUGGGUCAAAUAGAAAUGGAAAAAUAAGAAGAUACAAAAAGAAGAAAAAAAAAGGAAAACAGACGAGUGACCGCCAUUGCCGACCACCCUUUAACGUGGUCCCUGUAAACCUGGCUCGUCGGGCAAAAAACAUGCGCACGCGCACUCCUAACAAACGCGGAGGCAGGCUGAUGCCGAAAACUGGAUCGGGGGAAAAAGUCUCCUCUCCACCGAGGCUCGCCGAGUGCUCGAACUCCGGCCGACAGCGGCGCUCCGUUAGAGAUAGCCUACUCCUCCUCGUCCUCCUUCACCCCCUGCGCUGACUCCCUCCUCCACCCUCCACUCACGUCAGGACAUUGGCGGAGAUUUGCGUGACGCACGUGGACUCUGGACUUUUUGAAGAAGAAGCCAGAGAGAAACUACAGUCUCGACUCAACGCUCCCUCUUUUAAAACUUUUUUUGUGUUGUGUUUUUCAUGGGUGAAGUGGAGGGACUGGGGGGGAGAGGUGGUUACCUGGCUUUUGUUUUUAGUUUUUCCAGGUUUACAAGGCAUGGUGCAGACGCCGCCUAUUAUUAUUAUUAUUAUUAUUAUUAUUAUUAUUAUUAUUAUUAUUAUUCUCAUUAUAUUAUUGUUACCUGCAUUCACAGUAUAUUUGUUGAGCGCCAGCAAGAGCAAGUUCCACUUACUAUAAUAAAGGUCCCGAUUCCACGGAUUCCCAGUGACGAUGCGUGUGUACAUGUUAACGUUUAUAUAUGAAUUUAACAAAAUGGAAUUAUAUCGAUAGAGUGAAAUAUUUAGUUAUCAAAUGAAAGGAAAUCAUUGAGAAAAAAAAAAACCGACAACAAAUCCUUUAAUGCUUUGUACCGACACCAGUGACUCCUGCAGCAUGCUGGUUGUUCCGAGUGUGUACAAGAUUUUAUGCCUCCUGUUUUGUUGACUGCGGGGUUCCUACGCAGGUGGGACGCUGAUACGUUUUGACCCUUUUCCACGUCUGUAAGAUUUCGAUAAACAUAACUGCUCUGAAGUCCUGAAACGGAGUUAAUUUCUUUUAGAAUUUUAAUUUCACAUAUUGUGGUACUUACCGUGAAGUAAUCUUUACUACAGCCCAGCUUAAUUUUGCAAUUAAUGCAAAGGAAUCGUCAAACACUAUUGGACAACAUCUGGAGUUUCUAAAAAUGGUAACCCUGCGUAGGAACCCUGCGAUGAUCUAUGACCCUAUUUUUACUUGUGGACCCCCCCCCCCGCCCCCCCAAACUCCCAGCUGCACAGCAGGUUUGAUGCAAACGUUAAUCUUUAUUUUCGUAUUGAUGUCUAUGCUAAUCCUUAACCCACAAAGAACUCAGGAGCAAAAAAUGUCCCUUUCCUCCUCUGUUUAGAAUAGGAAGGUCCAAACUAACCAAGCAGCCGACCGACCCCCGGGCCUCGAUUACAGUUGGACAAGUGUUUUUAUUUUAUUUUUAGCGGCACGGCAACAGAUUUUCAGACUCCAGCUCGGACCAGAAACGCAAGCGACAGCAAAACAUAGCUGCUAGAAAGGCAGCCUCUAAACGAGUUUGAUUUAAAGUCAAACUGAAAUUUGAGUUUUUCUCACUUUUCGUGUAAGCUGCAGCUAUGUUCGCAUCAUUUUUUCUUAUUUUUUCUUUCAAGAGGAUAAAAGUAUUCUUGGACAUGCAUAUAUAUGUGGAAACGGUGACGUUUCCCAUCUUUUGACUGACAACUGAGCGCCGGCAUUGCUAGCCGACGCGCUAGCGUCAACUUCUGUGGUGCGCUACUGACUGCAAGAUAUCGUAGCCCUGUAGCUUUAAAGUCCCUAAAUGUUGAUACAAGUUAAUUAUUUUUUUUUCUUCCUUUUUUCGAAGUCUUUUGUAUUCCAAUUGAAAAAUUGGAAGCUAGCAAGCUAGGCUAAAUAGCGUCUACUCUGAAAGUGGAAACUAGCAAGCUUGCUAACAUUAGCACUGAUUCCCGCUAGAAGGUUACUUUUCAUUAUCAGUGGGGGUUUUGCGUGUCACCUGCAGCCCCCUCCGCACUCUGCUCCUGGGUUUAGGCAAAGGAAGACGUCUUGCUCGUUAGCUGUCUCUCUUUAUGAUAGUUCCAGAAGUGGAAACUGUAAAAUGCUAAAUGACGUUCACAGCGCUAUAUACGUUACGGCAAGAUUGUAAUAACGACGAAGAGCGACUAAUGUACAGAGUUAUGUAGGGACUAGGGAGUGUUCAAAUCACAGAUGGAACUGAGCCAGUGGUUACCAAACAUUAAAACAUCACCUAUUCAUUUUCAUGAAAAAAAAAAAAAAAAAAAAAAAGUACAGUUUACAAAGUGAAAAUAAAUGUGGCGGCACUCUUGGCCGGUCCUUACGGUACCUCAGCGUGUCUCUGUCCCCGCUACGGGAACCACUGGACAAAAAAACGGCUAACAAAGUCGACCCCCGGCCUCUUUAACUGCCGGUUAUUGUUGGAAUUGAUGCAAUGAUAUGAAAUACAUCAAGGGCCAGCUCACACAGAUAUUGUAUAAGACGAUUUACUAGUACCAACAUCAACAAUUGGUACCAAAAAUGUACUAAUGUAGGGGGCGCCAUUGAGGAAAAAUAAGUAAAAAAAACUUGAAUUUCUUCUUUUUGGUAAUUAAAAGUCUGAACAAAUACGUACUCAAGGCAAACACUUGGGAUGUAUGAAGUGAUUUAUUUGUGAAAAAUAUUUUUUUAUUUCAGUUUACUUUAAUGUUGGGUUAGCAGAAAUGAAAUGUGUUGCUCGUUUUGUUUUUCACUUGACACAGUCAACCUCGACUUUGCGUCACUCCCUGGAAGAAUUUUGCUGUCUUAACGUUAGUAUUUUCUAAAGCUGCUGUUGAAAUAGCAUUCAGGUAUGAAAGGCCCUUAAUUUGCUCCUUCCCACUCUACCCAUCAUCCCUCAGAGGCGAGCCUCCUCUUCCUCUUUUUGUCUCGAGGUUUUUCCUCGAGGCCCCUUGUGUUUCAGUGUCCUCAAAGCACUGACGGAGAAAAAAUAAAACCAGAAAAAACAUUUAAAAAAAAUUCAGUAUUGUCAACAACACUGUGGCUACAACAUUUACAAAAUAAAGAACCAAAUAUUUUAGGAAGAUGACAUCGCAGCUGUGUGUUUGAAGCCUGUGUGUUUGUGCUCGCCACUUGCAGAGAAACGGGACCGCCGAGUCUUUCGCUAGACACGACAUCCAUCUUUUCCUCUAGUUUUUUUUCCAGGUGGGACCAAGCUUUUCUGUACUUUAAUUUUUUUUUUGUUGGUUAUUUUCUUUGUUGAUUUAUUUUUCCGAUCACAAGCAGUCACGGCAUCCUUUAGAAAACUUCUUAGACAAAGUGUCUGUUGUCUCUUUCUGAGUAAGGUCUGAAACCUAUGCAUGCCAUAGUAAAGUGGUGGUAAGAUCAAG